CCGCUCUUUGAAAAACAGAUGGAUCCUGUACCGUCCAAAGCCGGAAUAAAGACUAUAGUGGAUAGGCAUGUCAGCUUAAUCAACGACAUCCUCCCGUUAGAAGUAUUCGACCUCGUCUUCGAUACCCUUCGAGGGGCUGACAAUAAAAAGGAAAGCUUAUUCUCUGCCUCACUGGUUUGCCGACUCUGGAGGGAGUACACUCUUAGGCACCGCUUCUAUUCUAUUUCGCUUGACAUGUCCGCGAACCAAGAGCUCAAACCACUGCGGCGCACCUCUGCUUAUUAUUUGACUCAAGACUUUACAAAAUCGAAAAUAUUUCCCCUGGUGCAGAGUUUCGUGCAGGUUCUCGCUCUAUCCUGGGGCUCAGAGGGCGUCUCUCUCGACUUCACGCGUAUUAUUCGGCUCUUUCCCGCUGUUCGCACCAUGAAGCUAGAAGGCGCGCUCUGGCCAAAGCAAUGUCUUCGAGAGAAAUUCGCUCAACCGCUUUUCAUUGACAGACUGACAAUCCUCGGCACACUUCCCCCCUAUCGACGGCACCUAAAGCUCCCGCACGAGGUACACGCUCUCUGCACUGUGCUGUCGCAGUUUUCGUUCAUUCGGCACCUCUUCCUCGUGGACAUAUACAACAUGCGCUCCGAUGAGGAGUUGAUAUGGUCCAACUACGCUCUUCCCCCAAUCUCAUCCCUCACUCUGAUGCAAACACCAGGUGAAGGCCCGAUUUCGGAGGUCAUCAAGAGGCUGGCCAAGCCUGGGCUUCUGAAACACCUCGACCUCACCACGUUUUCUGGAGACGAGCUUGACGAGGCCCUGCUGAUGGCAAAAGGAUUGUCGACGCCGAUCGAGGAAAUAGGCCUUUCCGUCACCUGUUGGGGCGCAGGAGAUGGGGAUGGAGCUGAUGCGCGCCCAAACCUCUUCGGCUUGCGCAGCCUUAAGCAGCUGACAAUUGCUAUUGAGCUGGAAAUAGCGAGCGUAGGAGAAUACGCACUAGACGACAGGAAGCAGUGGCUUAACUCCGUUUCGUGGACUCGAGCCACCAAGGCUCUUCGCUCUCUGGACCCAUCGUGCUGUCUCGAACAUAUCGACCUCUGGCUCGCAUCGUCAGAGUUGGAGGUGGCCGAAGUAUUCUUGCCCCGCAUGCAAGUCGCCCUGGGUCACCGAUGUGGCAGCCGCGUCGAUUUUGAGACUGCUAUGCUCGAACUGGUCGAACAAGGACGACUUAGGACCGUACGUAUGUCUCUGCACUGCACGCCGCCAACAGACGACGGGCUUGUUCCCGAGUUUUAUGUGCCUUCGGGCGAUUAUCUCAGAGAUGUGUUCGCGCACCUGGACAUGACAGGGGCGCUACUCGUUUAAGAUCGGCUGAUAGUGGUAAGUCUCCAGAAAAACCGCAGCGUUUAGGUGGCUACUGACUGCGUAGUUUUACAAGCAUGUGCUGCCCCACAUCCUGCGGGGCAUGCUGCCUGAGGGGGCCUUCAAGCUGACGUUACUAUAUAUUUCUUGUUAUUCGACGUCCGGGUUUCGCAGAUUGCCCAAUUUAAAGUCGCACCUCGUCAACGUAAUCAUCCUCAA